AUGUCUACCUCUACGAAGCGACCAAAGGUCUUUGCAUAUGCCAAGUUUGAUCUCGAUGCUCUUAUUCUUCUCGCGACAAGACUUCGAGGUCAAUCAUGCACUGUAGACACUUCGACGAGGCCCAAAGCUGGUAGUACGCACUGGGUCAUUUUCAUCGCUUUCGAGGAUGGUGUCGAAUGGGUAUUCCGAUCGCCACAGAGAGGACUGAGCGCCAUGAUCACCGAAGAAUCUGCGUCCAAGUUGCUCAAUAGCGAGGCUUCGACUCUGGAGUAUCUGAGAGCUCUGAGUUCGAUACCGGUACCAGAAGUGUUCUCGUUUAGUGGAGGUGGUGGCAAUGACAUCGGAGUGCCGUAUAUCCUCAUGAGCAAGGCUAGUGGCCGUCCAUUGUCAGAUUAUGACUGGAUUGAGCUGUCUCAAAUAGAAGGGUAUCCAAACAGACGUCCGCUUCUACCCAUGACAGACCGAAAUCAUGAAAAGGUAAUGGCGCAGUUAGGAACCAUUAUGUCCCGUCUCUCGGAUACCCAUUUCGACAAGAUUAGCUCGCUAUUCCAAGACAACAACGGUAACUACUUUGUUAGCGAAUGCCUAAGCCCCUCUCUCCUUUGGCAGCACAGAGAUGAGCUAGAAGGUAUCGACCGAGGCCCUUUUGAUCAGGAAAGCCAGUAUCUUAGGUCCCUGAUAUCUGCCUUUACAGCUCAUGCUGAAGAGUUCUCGUUCAGCCCUCAUAGCUUCUUCGCUCCAAUACCUGAUCCUUUCGAAUAUCCGAACUGGGCAAGCUAUCGCAAAGCGGUGGAGAGAUGUUAA